AUGUAUAGUUUAUUUGUACAAAAAAAAAGAAAAAAACGAAUCAAAAUGCAAGCACACCCAAACGCAUGCACGCGGAAAAUGAAAACGAGAACGUUCACCAAACCGUCAAGUUUCACUUCGCUUCACCAAGUCAAAACCAUGUGCUUUGUGCCCUGUUCCUCCCCCCUUUCUAUCAUCGGUCGCUAUUUUUCUUUUACGGUAUUUUUGCUUCUUCCCCUUACAUUCGCCUUCGAAGAAAGUUUUCUGCUUCUUAUUUUGUUUCGUUGUGCUAUUAUUACUACAAUACUUUCCUCUUUUUCACCUCUACUUCCUGUUUGUGGAGUUUGUUCAUACGGUAAAGCAAGAACCAAAGGAAAAAAGAAAGGACAGAGGGAAAUUAAAAGGCAGAAAUCCUUUCAAUAA